UAUGAAGGCGAUAGGACGAGGGAGCUAUUAUGCCCGAGAGGCUGUACCAUGGAAUUCACUGCAGCUCAGCGCCUGUGGGUCUUGAAGGGAGACAGCCACUUUCAUCUAUUCAUGUGAAAUGCAAUCCUCCUCGGGAACAAUAGGAAUACAUGCUGGCGAUAAGACUCCACCCGUCCUAUUAUGAAGUCCCUAGCCGACUCGCAGUUUGGAAAGCGUUACGGUAGUGGGUCCAGGAGUAGAAGGCAGUUUUCAGAGAAUAAUAGGAAUACUUUUUCCCCUGGGCCCCGUGGUUUAUGGCCUAGGAUAAAUUACCCUUCCGUGUCUGUCUUCCUUCUUUCUUUCCCUCUUUCUUCUUCAGCCAGCCAGUCAAUCAGUCUAAGGCUCCACCCAAAAACCACAGUCUCAUCUCGAACACUAUUCUCUACGAUAUAUUCACGCGUCACGCGUCAACAUACGCCUACACAAAUAGCAAGAAUGGACGUCACGUCCUACAUGUAUCCACACAUCCACCCGGUUCUACAGCUGAAUCGCGACCUAGCGCAGUUCGGCGUCUUCGUCGCCGUGACUGACGUGCAGGGCGUCGAGCACAUGCAGCGCACUUUCCAGGCGCAGCCGGCGGCGGGCGGCCACCGCAUGGCGGUGCUGCCGCUGGCCGACCUCGACGGCCCGGCGCGCGUCGCCCUAUUCUGCCGUAACCUCCCGGCUCUACUCCUGCCCCUGCGCGUCUUCAUUAUCCGCGCCCACGGCGUCGAAAUCACCUUUGCCGACGUCGAGUCGGCUCUCUUCGCCUUGCGCUACCGCCGCCCUAUCUUUAUGGUCGGCUACUGGGCCGCCGCCCCCGUCAGCGCCAUGUUUUUUUCCUGAGCGGCGCGUGUUUGGUGGAGAGUGACGAGCGCCUGAGAGACUUGUGAUGGCUGACUUGGUAGCUAAUUGUGGCUUGUGGUAACGUGUUUUGCGGCUAGCAGCUGGGGUAAGCGCGUAGGAGAGGGAGAGCGGUUUUUUGGACGAGGCUUUUUUUUCAGAAGGGACGCGUCUUUCGAGGGUGGGCUUUUUUUUCAGAAGAGACGGCGUCUUUUACGGGGGCGUCUUUUACGGGGCGUCUUUUACGGGGCGUCUUUUACGGG